AUGGCAGGGGAACGAAGUUCAGGUAGUGGUGGAAAUGAUUUGAAUGAUUUAGUGAGGCAAUUGGCAGCGGUUGCCCAGCAAUUGGCAAGGAACUCAACUGGUAACGGGGAUGCUGAAGGGGAGCUCUUUAAAAAGGUAUUUGAGACCCUGGAUGAAGUAUAUGGAAGGGCCGCACACCUUUAUGCUCUGGAAGAAAAGAAGAAGAAAGAGUUAGCUGAAAUAGAAGGAAGAGAGAAAAGGAAGGAAGUGGGACAAGUUUUUGGAAACCAACAAAGAAACCAGAAUGGUUUUAAGAAACAGAAGUAUCACCAUAACAAUAACUUCCACAACAAUAACAACUUCCAUGGUAAUAACCGUCAAGGGAACCGCAACAACAAUGGAGGGGCUAGAAACAAUAACCAAGGGAGUAAUAAGAAUGGAAGGAUUUACUUCUGCAAGAGGUGUAGGAACAAUCACCCUGGGAGGGAUUGUGAAGGCAAUUUGGUUGCUUGUCGCCCUUGCAACAACCUGGGGCAUAGGGAGUAUGAGUGUUACUCUAAGAAUGCUAAUGGGAAUAAACAGAACAACUAUAACUCAGGAGGAAACCAGAAGAAUUUCCAAGGGAACAACAACAAUUUUUCUGGGAAUAAGGGAGUGCAGCAGAAUGGGGUGAGAAACAGUAACACCAACAAUAGUAACAGCCAGCAAAAGGGAGGAACUGCAGGGAAACUGAAUGUUUUGAGUAGGCACGAGGCAGAGGCCACGAAAGAUGUUAUCACUGGUACUUUUUCUAUUAACUCUAUUCCUGUUAAAGUAUUGUUUGAUUCUGGUGCAACUUUUUCUUUUGUUUCUAAGGGUAUUGAUUCAAAACUUAAGGACUGCUUAAAAACAGUAGAGGCAGUAGAUUUACCUAUAACCAUCCCGACAGGUGGGGUAGUUAAAUGUACCAAAACUUUUAGAUAUGUGCCUUUAGAAAUAAAGGGAAGAUAUUUCCGUCUGAUCUUAUUGAAUUUGGGCUGA